AUGCUCUCGGUGAUCGCGAUGCGUCGUCCGGAGGACGAGGAGUUGGGAGGCCGCGGCGACAGCGACGAGUUCGUGGACAUAUCUCAGAUGCAGUUUCUGGUCGAGGCGGGCCCGAGUGGGCUGCACUACGGAGGCCCACCGCCGCCGCACGCGCUGCCCCAGCCGUAUGCGCAACUCCCCGCACACCCUGCUACCACCACCGCGUCCGUCGACGAUCUGUUCGCACUUUGCUUCACAACAACUUCCCAUGGUGAGGAUCUUUAA